AUGAAAACACCUGACAUCCACCUGCACGAGGGUCACAAUUCCGGCGUUUUCGCGGUGGCUUUCAAUGCAAAUGCGUCGCGUGCAGUGACAGUUUCACGUGAUGGAUUCUGGAGAGUGUUCGACACAGAUAUACGAUAUGCUCAAGGCCAAGAAGCUGCUAUUCUGAACAAGGCAGAGUUGUCAAUGCUCAAAGGAGCCAGCGCUGACCGCGUUCGAUUGGCUAUGAGUCCUUCUGGGGAUAGUUUCGCAGUGUCGUGUGGUUCUACGCUGAAGAUAUUUAGCAGUGAGGAUGAACAAAAAGACUUCCCAGAGUUGCCCGAAGUGCAUGGUGACCAGCGAAUACUCGUCAUCAAGUAUUCACCAUGCGGCCGGUUGGUAGCUACUUGUGGAGAUCGUUAUGUCCGUGUGUUCCGAAAUAUACCUGAGUACCACAGCCAGGUGGUGCGGCUCAACAAG